AUGGCCGCUGCUCACACCCUGCUCCUCUUUCCCCUGCUCCUGGCCUCGUCCUGGGCCCAGUGCCCGGCGCUGGCGGACCUGAAGAACGCCGACAGGAGCAAGAUCUGUGCCCAGCUGUACACCGACAACAACCCCUACUACGCCCAGUGCUGCGGGGGCAGCGUGCUGCAGGUUCAGCCCGGCGACGACAUACCCUACAUACCCUUCGGUUGGAACAACAAGGUCUCCUCCCUGGUGGUAGCGCCACGGUGCGAGCUCAGCAUCUGGUCCAGGAUGGGCAAGGAAGGCUACAGCCACAAGUUCAACGGUGGGGUGGUGUGUCGGCUGCAGGAGAUCAAGAAGGGGCUCCUGGGGGACUGGGACAACUCCAUCUCCGCCUACUACUGCAAGUGAAACUGAGGUGAGGCCAGGGGAGAAGCAGUGAGACCAGGCCUCCAGCUGGGCCCAACCUUUAUCCCACCACUGACACCAAACCUUCCGCCGGACCAAGCCUUUAUCCCACCGCCGACAUCAAAUCUUCUGCUGGACCAAGCCUUUAUCCCACCACCGGCACCAAACCUUCCACUGGGCCAAGCCUUUAUCCCACCGCCGACAUCAAAUCUUCUGCUGGACCAAGCCUUUAUCCCACCACCGGCACCAAACCUUCCACCGGACCAAGCCUUUAUCCCACCACUGGCACCAAACGUUCCACGGGGCCAAGCCUUUAUCCCACCACUGGCACCAAACCUUCCACUGGGCCAAGCCUUUAUCCCACCGCCGACAACAAAUUUUCUGUUGGACCAAGCCUUUAUCCCACUGCUGACA